AUGGCUUCCAGUUCGACAGCGGCACGCAACUACCUUCCAUGGAUACAACGAGGUGCACGACACAGAGGACGGCAUACGACAGAAUUGCCUAAUACAUUGGAAAACACGAAACCAUCACUUGACUUUACACAGCGAGCCGAGAAGAAGUUAGCCGAGUACAACGCGUCGAAUAAUGUCUUUAAGAGGUGGUUGUUUGAGAUAGUGAGUUGGUGUAUCAGUGCGGCUUGUAUGGUCGCAAUCAUCUGCAUCUACCUUCGGAUCAAAGACCACCCACUGUCUAAAAAUGGAUCAUAUCUUAACUGGACUAACGUCUUGGGGAAAAUCUCUUCGGCCGCGCUGAUCGUGCCAACGUCGGAAGCGCUUGGUCAAUUAAAAUGGAAUUGGUUUCACGAGUCCAAGGCCAUGUGGGACUUUGAAAUAUUUGACAAAGCUUCCAGAGGACCCCUUGGUGCCCUGAUGCUACUCUUCCGAACAAAGGGUCGCUCGUUGGCUGCCCUAGGCGCACUACUUAUUGUUUUGCUUCUUGCGAUCGACACCUUUUUCCAACAGGUGGCAACUUUCCCGAAUCAAUGGACUCUACACGAAAUUUCUGGAGAGAUACCAUAUGUGGUUCGUUACGAUCCACCCUACCAGAUGGAGUUUCAGGGCGGAUGGGAGACCAGCAUCUAUAACUCCGAAGUAAUGCCUGUCGUUCAACAAUUCCUUUACAGAAAUGGCACCAAACCUAUUCCAUUUGGCACAAGUUUUCGUCCAGACAUUCCCCUGUCUUGCCCUACCAGUAACUGUACUUGGCCAACAUACGACACACUUGCUGUCUACAGUAAAUGCGAAGAGGUUAGCGACCUCCUAGACAUCACCUUUGCUUGUCUGAACACAACGGUAGAUUGGAGUACGAACUGGGAGGGACCUCUUUCCAAGGUUCCCUAUCCCAACAGUAAAGUGUGCGGGCAUUUUUUGAACGUAACGGAGGACGUUCCGAUCGUUCUUUCGGGUUACACUAUUGAUACCGACACGAACAAUACCCACGACGAAACUCUACUGCUUAGAACAAUUCCUCUCACAACUCACCUAACCAAGGAGCGUUCCUACGGCGUUGGAUCAGUGGCUUUUAGAAACAUACGCAACCCAAUCCUUGAUGCUUUGAUAGCUUCUGCAACCGGUGGCCCGGAAAGCGUCUAUCAAAACACAACUCCUACGGUCCAUGAGUGUAUUCUCUCUUGGUGUGUCCAGACCAUUGAGUCGUUCUAUGGCCUGGGCGGAUACAACGAACGCAUCAUAUCAUCAUACUACAACACCACUGGUGGGCCAAAUCCAUGGAUCUCAUGGGAAAUUCCGGAUGAAGAAGGGGGUGGAACCUGGAUCCAAUACAAGGAGAACAUCACUAUCGUACCUGCAGGAAUUGAUUCCAACGGUACAAAGCCCAAAGAUACGGCGAUUGAAUAUGGAGUCAACAACGUUACUGCAAGUACUUUUAUGGCUAUCUUUGACGAUUUCUUCCCUGCUUCAUUCAGCGUCAACAACGUCUCUGCAAUACCUAGGCUCAGAUAUAAGGAAUAUAUGGACGGCCCUUCCCAGCGAUAUCUUCCAUUCAGUCCUUGGAUGGCACCUAACAAUCUCACACGACAUCUGGAAAAGCUUGCUGCAGCUAUGACGAAUCGCGUAAGGUCCUCUGAAAGCGGUGAAAUGCUACAGGGUGAAGCGUUCUACGGCGAACAAUAUAUUCUAGUACAAUGGGAAUGGCUUAUCUUCCCAUUCUUGCUUCUGGCACUCAGUUUGGUGUUCCUAGUCUCGACAAUUAUCAAGACAUCCAAAGAUACCUCGACUGGUAUCUGGAAAACAUCAGUUAUGCCGACACUGAUAUACGGUUUACCAAAAGACGCGCAAAGCAAGCUGAGUCCUUCAUCAACAUGGAAAGAUUCCGACAAAAGCAGCAGAAAGGUUCGCAUCAAGCUACUACCGGAUAGAGGUUGGAGGGUAUCGGGCGUCGACCACCUGGACACCUCGCCACAGCUGCCAAGUCUUGCUGUUCAGCCUCCACGCGGUUGGAUAUGA